GAACGGUUGGUUGUAGUUUCUAGUUUUCAUUAUCUCUUAUAUUAGACGCAUAUCUCUUGUAAUAUAUUUGAGCUGUGAUGUGUGAUCGCUACAUGUAAAUCGCUAUUUUUAUUCUAAAGAUUUCUCUGUGUGUCAUACACAAUUAAAAACGUUUCCUUUAAUUUUCUACAAUUAUUUUUAAAUGAAUACGUGAUCGCAUACUGUACUGGAAAGAAUUGCCAUUGACAUUGUUUACAAUUAAAGCUUUUCUUACAUCCCUGAUUUUUUAUAACCUUAAGUUGACAACAAAUAAGUUGAGAUAUGAAAUCCAUUUUGUUUGCAAUUAUACUUAUUAUGACAUUCUCAAAGGGAAAAUCGCAAUUCUGGCAAGACAUGUCAUUUCUUCAAGACCAAAUUCUAAAACUUUUUUUUCCUAAGGAUCCUGGUUUAGAGAGAGUUAGAAGGAUGGAUCCAACCGAAAGAAUAACAAUCAAUGCAAAAAUAUUGGAUUUUAUUGGCAUGGUAAAACCAUACGGUUAUCCUGCUGAAGAACACCGUGUUACAACAGAGGAUGGUUAUAACUUGAUAAUACAUAGGAUACCUGGAAGUCCAUUACUGGAUAACAAUGCAAAGAAGGAAAUUGUAUUCCUUCAACACGGUAUGUUGGGCUCAUCAGAAUGCUGGAUAAUGUAUGGUCCCGGAAAAGAUCUUGCAUUUCUAUUAGCUGAUAAAGGAUAUGAUGUAUGGUUUGGAAAUAUGAGAGGAACUACUUACUGUAGAUCGCAUGUGAAUAUGACGACAAAUGAUCGCAAAUUCUGGCAGUAUAGUUUUCAUGAGGUUGGGACAAAAGAUCUGCCAGCUAUGUUCGAAUAUAUCUUAAAAUAUACAGACCAAAAAGAUUUAUACUAUAUCGGUCAUUCAAUGGGAACUACUUCAUUAUUCGCUCUUCUAUCAACAAAACCGGAAUACAAUAUAAAAGUAAAAAUGGCUAUUUGUCUUUCUCCAGUUGUUUUUUGGAUAGAAAUAUCACCUGAAGUAUACGUAAUUGCUGAGGCUUGGCCGACAAUAAAGGAAAUUUUAGAAAAGCAUGAAAUAUUCGAUGUUCUCCCACAAUCUUUAACGAUCGUUACGUUAGCAAGAACAUUUUGUAAAGAUAAUUUGAUAACUCAGAAUAUUUGCGCUACUAUACUUUUCCUAAUUGGCGGUGCGGAUUCAGCACAGCUUAAUACUACAAGCCUGCCAUAUUUAUUUUCUCAUUUUCCAGCUGGUACUUCUGUACAACAAUUUGAUCAUUAUUACCAAAAUAUUCGUACGAAGGAUUUUCAAAACUUUGAUUAUGGAACAAAUGAAAAUUAUAAGCGAUAUAAACAAGCAAUACCCCCAAGAUAUGAUCUCAAAAAAGUUACUGCUCCAAUUGUUUUAUUUUUUGCAGAAAAGGAUACGAUUCUUAGAAAAGAGAAUGUGAUUGAACUUAACAAACGCUUACCAAAUGUUCUUCUAAUGGAAAAAGUUCCAUAUAAACUUUUCAGUCACCUAGAUUUUAUAUGGGCAAUCAACGCUAAAACUCUUUUAUACGAUCGUAUAUUAGAACUAAUACAAAAGUUUAAUACUAACUAAAAUGUACCUGUAAAAUAAAUCUGAUGAAUAUAAAUCUUUAUCUCACUCUA